AUGACUUCAGCGGAAGCAGAGGGGCUUUGCCUUUAUCGCAGCCAGAUCUGUUGGUAUCAGGAGUUACGAGAAAAGGGAUUUUUAGGUCAGAAGGUGCGAGUGGAGAGGGCAGGCUCGGGCCUCGGCAGCUGUCCUUUUAGAAACCGACGGGCUGAGUUCCAUAUCCUCCGGCGCAAGAACGAGAAGAAGGGAAUAAAGAUCUGGCGUGGGAGAGUCGUUGGCAGGGGGAGGUGUCUGUCCUGCGUCAGCAGCCGGUACCCUUGCCACUGGUGUAAAUAUAGACACGCUUGCACCCACAACGUUGCCAAGUGCUACUUUGUGGAGGGACGAGUCAACACUACGGAGGGCUGCCCGGAGCUGCUCCUUGGUGGGGAGAUCUUGAUACCAGUGGGGGUGUUGCAACCGAUUACUCUGCGGGCCAAGAACCUUCCGCAACCUCAGUCGGGCCAGAAGAACUACGAAUGCGUUUUGGGCAUCCAGGGCCGGCAGCAGCGGGUCCCGGCCGUACGCUUCAAUUCGAGCAGCGUGCAGUGCCAGAAUACGUCGUAUUGGUACGAGGGAGAGCAAGUGGGGGAGCUGCCGCUGGACUUCGAUGUCAUUUGGGACGGAGACUUUGCCAUCGACAAGCCGCCCGGGUUCAAAGCUCUCCUGUACAAAUGUUCAGCCCAGCGUUCUAGCUGCGGGCUCUGCCUCAAGUCCGACCCCCGUUACGAGUGUGGCUGGUGCGUCCCUGAGCGUCGCUGCCUCCUGCGCCCUCACUGCCCUGCUCCCCGGCAGAAUUGGGUGCCGCCUGGCCGAAGGGGGGCCCGCUGUGCCCACCCCCGCAUCACCCAGGUGUCACCACUGACUGGCCCCAAGGAAGGGGGCACACGGGUGACAAUUUGGGGCGAGAACCUGGGGCUUCAUUUCCACGAGGUGGGGGUGCGCGUGGCUGGCGUGCGCUGUAGUUCCCUUCCUGCUGAAUAUGUCAGUGCCGAGAGGCUGGUGUGUGAAUUGGAGCCGUCACUGUUGCCCGACCCUCCCCCUGGUCCCGUGGAACUCUGCGUGGGUGACUGCAGUGCUGAUUACCGGACCCAGUCGGAGGCACCCUUCUCUUUUGUGAACCCCAGUUUUCAUGGGGUGGAUCCAGAGCGAGGCCCUGCCUCGGGUGGGACAAGAAUCACCCUCCUAGGAACCCACCUGGAUGCCGGGAGCAACGUCAGUGUCGCGAUCCGGGGAGCUCCGUGUCGGCUGGUCAGACGCAGCGCAGGGGAGAUUGUCUGCCUGUCUCCCCCCUCAGCGGUGGGCCCGGGCCCCACCAACAUUAGCCUUCGCAUCGACCUGGCUAACAUCAGCGGCAACAGCACUGUCUUCUUCCGCUACAGCCCCGACCCGGUCAUCACGGUGGUAGAGCCUGCCUGGAGCAUUGCCAACGGCAGUACCAGUCUCACAGUGAGUGGGGCUCACCUACAGACAAUCCAGGAGCCGCGGGUUCGAGCAUCCUAUGGGGGGAUUGAAACAAUCAAUAGUUGCCAGGUGCUGAACGACUCCGUGAUGCUGUGCAAGGCGCCGGGCAUUGUGCCAGGGGAGCAGGCCUUGCCCCUUGCGGGUGCCAACCCUGACGAGUUCGGCUUCUUCUUGGACGACGUGGCCGCUGUCCGUACUCUGAACCGCUCGGCCUUCACCUACUACCCCGAUCCCAGUUUCGAGCCAUUCGGUCCCAGCGGCAUCCUGGAGAUUAAACCCGGAUCCCACGUGGUCCUCAAGGGCAGGAACCUGAUCCCGGCAGCGUCGGGCAGCUCGCGGCUCAACUACACGGUUCUGAUUGGUGGGGAGCCCUGCACCCUCACGGUCUCUGAGACGCAACUGCUGUGCGACUCACCAAGCCAAACUGGGGAGCAGCCGGUCAUGAUCUUGGUGGGGGGCCUGUCCUUCUCCCCUGGGACCUUACACAUCUACCCUGAGGCGGCCCUGCCUCUGCCAGCUCUGGUCGGGUUAGGCGCCGGAGGUAGCUUGCUUCUGGGGGCCAUUAUCGGGGUGUUGGUGGCCUAUAAGCGGAAGACGCGGGACGCCGACCGGACGUUGAAACGCCUGCAGUUGCAGAUGGACAACUUGGAGUCUCGUGUGGCCCUGGAAUGCAAGGAAGCUUUUGCCGAGCUGCAGACCGACAUUAACGAGCUGACGAACAACAUGGAUGGAGUGAAGAUCCCCUUCCUGGACUAUCGGACGUACGCGCGGCGGGUGCUUUUCCCGGGGGUUGACGAACACCCGGCCCUGCAGGAGACCAGUACGCCCCCGAGCACGGAGAAAGGGCUGCGUCUCUUUGGGCAGCUGCUGCAUACGCGGCCCUUCCUGCUGACGUUCAUCCACACGCUGGAGGGCCAGCGGGCCUUCUCCAUGAGGGACCGAGGCGCCGUCGCCUCCCUGACGAUGGUGGCCCUUCAGGGCAGGCUGGACUACGCCACCGGGGUGCUGAAGCAGCUGCUGGCCGACCUCAUUGAGAAGAACUUGCAGAACCGGGCACACCCGAAGCUCUUACUCCGCCGGACGGAGUCGGUGGCUGAAAAAAUGUUGACCAAUUGGUUUACUUUUCUGCUGCACAGGUUCCUCAAGGAGUGCGCCGGAGAACCUCUGUUCAUGCUUUUCUGUGCCAUUAAGCAGCAAAUGGAGAAGGGACCAAUAGACUCCAUCACGGGCGAGGCACGCUACUCUCUGAGUGAGGACAAGCUCAUUCGCCAGCAGAUCGAUUACAAGACCUUGACUCUUCUCUGUACCCCACCGGAGCCCCCUGGCGGCCCUGCGGUGCCCGUCAAGGUGUUGAACUGUGACUCGGUGACCCAAGCGAAAGAGAAGCUGCUGGACACCGUGUACCGAGGGGUGCCCUAUUCACAGCGGCCUCGUGCCGAGGACAUGGAGCUUGAGUGGUGUCAGGGUAACGGUGGGCGGACAGUCCUGCAAGACGAAGACGCCACCAGCAAGAUCGAGGGGGACUGGAAACGGCUCAACACCCUCGGGCACUAUCAGGUAACGGACGGCUCAUCAGUGGCCCUAGUUCCCCGGCAGGCUUUGGGCUACAAUAUCGCCAGCUCUUUCACUUUCACCCAUUCGCUGAGCCGCUAUGAGAGUUUGCUGCGCACGUCCAGCAGCCCGGAGAGCCUGCGCUCGCGGGCCCCCAUCCUCACGCCGGACCAAGAUUCGGGCACCCGCUUGUGGCACCUGGUCAAGAAUCACGAACAUCUGGGAGACCCCAAGGAAGCGGAACGGGGUAGCAAGAUGGUGUCUGAGAUUUACCUCACCCGCCUGCUCGCCACCAAGGGCACAUUGCAAAAGUUUGUGGACGACCUGUUUGAGACGGUGUUCAGCACGGCGCACCGGGCCAGCGCUCUCCCUCUGCCCAUCAAGUACAUGUUUGACUUCCUGGACGAGCAAGCGGAGCGGAGGCAGAUUGGGGACCCAGACGUUCGACACACGUGGAAAAGCAAUUGCCUGCCCUUGCGGUUUUGGGUGAACGUUAUCAAGAACCCGCAGUUCGUCUUCGAUAUCCACAAGAGCAGCAUCACGGACGCCUGCCUCUCUGUGGUGGCCCAGACCUUCAUGGACUCAUGCUCAACCUCCGAGCACCGCCUGGGCAAGGACUCUCCGUCCACCAAGCUGCUCUAUGCCAAGGACAUUCCUGUGUACAAAGGCUGGGUGGAGAGGUACUACCGGGACAUUGCCAAGAUGGCCUCCAUCAGCGACCAGGACAUGGAUGCCUACCUGGUGGAACAGUCACGACAGCAUGCGGGCGAAUUUAACACGCUAGGUGCCCUGGGGGAGCUCUACAACUAUGUGGGAAGGUACCGUGACGAGAUCCUGACAGCGUUGGAACGGGACGCCGCUUGCCGGAAACACAAAUUGAGGCAGAAGCUCGAACAAGUCAUCACUCUGGUUUCUGGGAACAGCUGAGAUUGCUGGGGAG